GCACGCACGUCAAGGCGGCGCUACCCGGAGCCGAGAGGCUGCGGGCUUGGUCUGCGGCGGCUGCUGAGGCGGCGGCCGGGCCUGCGGCUGGAGUUUCAGGACCACUGAUAGCGCCAAUUGUCUUCCAUACCCGGCAACAAGCCAGCCCUAAAAGGAAAGAAACCUUUAUGGGCUCAUGCUGUGAGAACCUUUAACAGAUGGAAGAAUGGAAUUAAUCUUGAAGGUUGAAGAGAAAUCCAGGUCCGCAGUUGACUGCUACUCUCUGCCACCAUGGGGGAGCUUUUCCGGAGUGAGGAGAUGACGCUGGCCCAGCUUUUUCUACAGUCAGAAGCUGCUUAUUGUUGCGUCAGUGAAUUAGGAGAACUCGGAAAGGUUCAGUUUCGUGAUUUAAAUCCAGAUGUGAAUGUUUUCCAGCGGAAAUUUGUGAAUGAAGUUAGAAGAUGUGAAGAAAUGGAUCGAAAGCUUCGAUUUGUUGAGAAAGAGAUAAGAAAAGCUAAUAUUCCAAUUAUGGACACUGGCGAAAACCCAGAGGUGCCCUUCCCUCGGGACAUGAUUGACUUAGAGGCCAAUUUUGAGAAGAUUGAAAAUGAACUGAAGGAAAUCAACACAAACCAGGAAGCUUUGAAGAGAAACUUCCUGGAACUGACCGAAUUAAAAUUUAUACUUCGCAAAACUCAACAGUUUUUCGAUGAGGCUGAAUUGCAUCAUCAGCAGAUGGCGGAUCCAGACCUGUUGGAAGAGUCCUCAUCCCUCUUGGAGCCAAGUGAGAUGGGAAGAGGCACACCUUUAAGACUUGGCUUCGUGGCUGGUGUGAUUAACCGGGAGCGCAUCCCUACCUUUGAGCGCAUGCUUUGGCGGGUGUGCCGUGGGAAUGUGUUCCUGCGACAGGCUGAAAUCGAGAACCCCCUGGAGGAUCCUGUGACUGGCGACUACGUGCACAAAUCUGUGUUCAUCAUUUUCUUCCAAGGCGAUCAGCUGAAAAACAGAGUCAAGAAAAUCUGUGAAGGGUUCCGGGCUUCACUUUAUCCCUGUCCUGAGACACCACAAGAGAGGAAGGAAAUGGCUUCUGGAGUUAAUACCAGGAUCGAUGAUCUCCAAAUGGUUCUGAAUCAAACAGAGGAUCACCGCCAGAGAGUUCUGCAGGCAGCUGCUAAGAACAUCCGUGUCUGGUUCAUCAAAGUGCGGAAGAUGAAGGCCAUCUACCACACUCUGAACCUGUGCAACAUAGACGUGACCCAGAAGUGUCUGAUUGCAGAGGUCUGGUGCCCGGUCACCGAUCUCGACUCCAUCCAGUUUGCACUUAGAAGGGGCACGGAACACAGUGGUUCCACCGUGCCCUCCAUUUUGAACAGGAUGCAGACAAACCAGACUCCCCCGACCUAUAACAAAACAAACAAGUUCACAUAUGGCUUUCAGAACAUAGUGGAUGCUUAUGGAAUUGGAACUUACCGAGAGAUAAAUCCAGCUCCGUACACCAUCAUCACUUUCCCUUUCCUAUUUGCUGUGAUGUUUGGGGACUUUGGCCAUGGCAUUUUGAUGACCCUUUUUGCUGUAUGGAUGGUGUUAAGGGAGAGCCGGAUCCUCUCCCAGAAGAAUGAGAAUGAGAUGUUUAGCACUGUGUUCAGCGGCCGAUACAUUAUUCUGUUGAUGGGUGUGUUCUCCAUCUACACUGGCCUCAUCUACAAUGAUUGCUUUUCCAAGUCUCUGAAUGUCUUCGGGUCAUCCUGGAGCGUACGGCCGAUGUUCACUAUAUAUAAUUGGACGGAGGAGACACUUCGGGGGAACCCUGUUCUCCAGCUGAACCCAGCUGUCCCUGGAGUUUUUGGUGGACCGUAUCCUUUCGGCAUCGAUCCAAUUUGGAACAUUGCUACCAAUAAACUGACCUUCCUCAACUCCUUUAAGAUGAAGAUGUCCGUUAUCCUAGGUAUCAUCCACAUGAUGUUUGGAGUCAGCCUGAGCCUCUUCAACCAUACCUAUUUCAAGAAGCCUCUGAAUAUCUACUUUGGAUUUAUUCCUGAAAUAAUCUUCAUGACCUGUUUGUUUGGCUACUUGGUUAUCCUUAUUUUUUACAAGUGGACAGCCUAUGACGCUCAUACAUCUAAGCAAGCACCAAGCCUUCUGAUCCAUUUCAUAAACAUGUUUCUCUUUUCCUACUCAGACUCUGGUAACUCAAUGCUGUAUUCUGGACAGAAAGGAAUUCAGUGUUUCUUGGUAGUGGUUGCACUACUGUGUGUACCUUGGAUGCUACUGAUUAAACCACUGGUCCUUCGCCAUCAAUAUUUGAGGAGGAAGCAUUUGGGAACUCUGAACUUUGGUGGGAUCAGGGUGGGCAACGGACCGACAGAGGAGGAUGCUGAGAUUAUUCAGCAUGACCAGCUCUCCACCCAUUCAGAGGACGCGGAAGAGCCUACCGAGGACGAAGUGUUUGACUUUGGGGACACCAUGGUCCACCAGGCCAUCCACACCAUCGAGUACUGCCUGGGCUGCAUCUCCAACACUGCCUCCUACCUGCGGCUCUGGGCCCUCAGCCUCGCUCAUGCACAGCUGUCUGAGGUGCUCUGGACCAUGGUGAUCCACAUCGGCCUAAAUGUGAAGAGCUUGGCAGGAGGUUUGGCGCUGUUCUUCAUCUUCGCCGCCUUUGCCACCCUGACCGUGGCCAUCCUUCUGAUCAUGGAGGGCCUCUCGGCCUUCCUCCACGCACUGCGGUUACACUGGGUCGAGUUCCAGAAUAAAUUCUACAGUGGGACUGGUUUCAAGUUUCUCCCCUUCUCCUUCGAGCACAUUCGGGAAGGGAAGUUUGACGAGUGAGCCCUCGAGGGCCUGUGUGCCCCGCUGCCCUGCCCGCUCCCUCCACAGCGAUUAGCUGUGCUCCUCUUGCCUGUUGGUUGUGAUCCCUGGGUAUUGGGGCAUUUGUGUCAUCCCUGCCACCCCUCCCCCAGCCGCCUGUGAGUCAUUUAGAUAGAUCCGGCCUCCCUGGGUCCCCCAGACCUCCAGCUGUGUGUGUAGUAUGGUGAUUUUCUGGAGAGAAGCUGGGCUCUGGCUGUCACUUACACCACCUGGGCACCAGCCUUGCCUUCCCAGCCUCGGUCCAGCCAAAGACAGCCCCUUCUCUGCCCCCUGGUGGUGAACCAGUUUGUGCAUUUACACAUGAGCCCAAAGGCCAUGGAAGGAGCGCCUUUGCCAUCCACACCCAGACUUUGAGCCCCUGUUCCUGCCACUCUAGUCACUGUUUGGGGGUGGGGUGCUCUUUAACACACCCUACUCUUGGGUUAAGAGGGGUGGGUCCAGGAAGGUGGUACUUUUGUCCUCUGCCCACCCCCCUCCGGUGUUCAGAGCACUUGUUAAUCAGGAAUUCAGCUGGACCCAGUUGUGCCAUUGUGCAUGGCUUCUCCCUGUCACCCCUAAGGGUCCCAGGGUACCCAACACCACCUUCCUAACCCCCACCCUCCUUUACACCCUCUCCUCCUCCCUCCCAGAAUCCUCUUCCUUCCCUCUCCCCCGUUUGCACCCAACAUAACAUAGCACAGCUGGGAGUGACCCAAAACAGAGGUCCUAGCUGUUUCCUCUGGUUGGGCUUCUCAGGCCAUGCAUGGGCCCUGCUACAAGCACGCCCUCGGACCAGGGGGUUCACAGUGAUGCUCUUUGCUGGUGCAGACCCUGAGCCCUUUCCCCACCCCAAUCAUGAGUCUUGAGUACAGGACUAUAGUCAUCAAGGGGGUCCUGCCUGCAGGCCUGCCUUGCCC